GGGGGGGAAGUGUGGCAAACCUCCGGAGGCGCCGCCGCCGAAGGCAGAUUUGGUGAGAGGAGAAGUAGAGGGGUGAAGACAGGCUGGGAGGGGAGAGGUAAGGAGGACAAAUAGGUCGCCGCUCCUGAGGCGGCACAAAGUUCUUCGAGAUGUGGCUGAAGCCCGAGGAAGUGCUGUUGAAAAAUGCGCUGAAGCUGUGGCUGAUGGAAAGAUCCAACGAGUACUUUGUCCUGCAAAGGCGUCGAGGCUACGGGGAAGAAGGCGGAGGGGGACUUACAGGGCUUCUAGUUGGGACUCUUGAUUCUGUCUUAGACUCUACUGCCAAAGUGGCUCCAUUUCGUAUCCUGCACCAGACACCAGAUUCUCAAGUGUACUUGUCAAUUGCAUGUGGGGCCAACAGAGAAGAAAUAACAAAACAUUGGGACUGGUUGGAACAAAAUAUAAUGAAGACUUUAUCAGUGUUUGAUUCAAAUGAAGAUAUUACUAAUUUUGUACAAGGCAAAAUAAGAGGACUAAUUGCUGAAGAGGGAAAAGGUUCUUUUGCUAAAGAAGAUGAUCCUGAGAAAUUUCGAGAAGCCCUUUUGAAAUUUGAAAAAUCUUUUGGUUUACCAGAACAGGAGAAAUUAGUAACGUAUUAUUCCUGCAGUUAUUGGAAAGGACGGGUUCCUUGUCAGGGUUGGCUCUAUCUAAGUACCAACUUUCUGAGUUUCUAUUCUUUCUUGCUAGGAUCAGAAAUUAAACUCAUUAUCUCCUGGGACGCAAUCUCAAAACUAGAAAAGACUUCAACUGUUAUACUAACAGAGAGCAUUCAUGUAUGUUCCCAAGGAGAGAAUCACUAUUUCUCAAUGUUUUUGCACAUUAAUGAAACAUACCUUCUUAUGGAACAACUGGCAAGCUAUGCCAUAAAGAGACUUUUUGAUAAAGAAACAUUUGAUAAUGACCCAGUCCUUGAUGAUCCUCUACAAAUUACCAAAAGAGGUUUGGAAUAUCGGGCCCACAGUGAGCAAUUCAAAGCCUUUUUUAGGCUACCCAAAGAAGAGACUUUGAAAGAAGUACAUGAAUGUUUCUUAUGGGUACCAUUCAGCCACUUCAGUACUCAUGGGAAAAUGUGCAUUUCAGAAAACUACAUCUGCUUUGCUAGCCAGGAUGGGAAUCUAUGUAGUGUAAUCAUUCCAUUACGAGAGGUCUUAGCUAUAGAUAAAACUGAUGACUCCAACAGAUCUGUCAUCAUCAGCAUCAAAGGAAAAACAGCUUUUCAGUUCAAUGAGGUUAAAGACUUUGAACAACUGGUGGCAAAACUCAGGCUCAAGUGCCGAGCAGCUUCAACUCAAUAUGACCUUAGUACAGAGGUUGCUGUUAGCUCUGACUCUACAGGCCCAGCUGAUCAUUUUGAGGCGCAACCUUUGACCUGCCAAAAAGAAUGCAGCAAAACAGUGAACACUGAAGCUUUAAUGACAGUGUUUCACCCUCAAAAUUUGGAGAAUCUGGAUUCCAAAAUGUUGAAAGAAAAGAUGAAGGAACAAUCUUGGAACAUCUUAUUUUCUGAAUGUGGGCGUGGUGUUAGCAUGUUCCGGACAAAGAAGACCCGAGAUCUAGUUGUAAGAGGGAUUCCAGAGACAUUGCGGGGAGAGCUCUGGAUGCUUUUCUCAGGUGCUGUUAAUGACAUGGCUACUAAUCCUGGUUAUUAUGCUGAAGUAGUUGAACAAUCCUUAGGGACCUGCAACCUGGCUACUGAAGAAAUUGAACGUGAUUUACGCCGCUCUCUGCCUGAGCACCCAGCCUUUCAGAGUGAUACUGGCAUAUCUGCUCUGAGGCGGGUACUGACAGCUUAUGCAUAUAGGAAUCCUAAAAUAGGAUACUGCCAGGCGAUGAACAUUUUGACUUCAGUAUUGCUUCUAUAUGCAAAAGAAGAAGAAGCCUUUUGGCUUCUGGUUGCUGUAUGUGAACGAAUGUUGCCUGAUUAUUUUAAUCGUCGAAUCAUUGGUGCCUUGGUGGAUCAGGCAGUGUUUGAAGAACUUAUUAGGGAUCACCUUCCUCAGCUGACGGAACACAUGACCGAUAUGACCUUCUUUUCCUCGGUUUCUCUCUCGUGGUUCCUCACACUUUUCAUUAGUGUGCUACCUAUUGAAAGCGCAGUGAAUGUGGUGGACUGUUUCUUCUAUGACGGGAUAAAGGCCAUUUUACAGCUGGGAUUGGCAAUACUUGACUAUAAUUUAGACAAACUUCUGACAUGUAGAGAUGAUGCAGAAGCUGUGACUGCACUAAACAGGUUCUUUGACAAUGUCAUUAAUAAGGAUAGCCCAUUGCCUUCAAAUGUUCAGCAAGGUUCAAAUAUCAAUGAUGAAAAAAGCAGUCACACUAAAGUGGAUAUUACAGAUUUGAUUAGAGAAUCCAAUGAGAAAUAUGGUAGUAUCCGCUAUGAAGAUAUACACAGCAUGCGCUGUCGAAAUAGGUUGUAUGUGAUCCAGACCCUGGAGGAAACAACAAAGCAGAAUGUGUUACGUGUUGUAUCACAAGAUGUGAAGAUGAAUCUUCAGGAAUUGGAUGAACUUUAUGUCAUUUUUAAGAAAGAGCUGUUUAUAUCUUGUUAUUGGUAUUCGAGCUGUCCAGGAUUGAAGCAUCAUGACCCCAGCCUGUCAUAUUUGGAACAGUAUCAGAUUGACUGCCAGCAGUUCAGAGUGCUGUAUCACUUGUUGAGUCCCUGGGCUCAUUCUGCAAACAGAGACUCGCUAGCUUUAUGGACAUUCAGAUUGUUGGAUGAAAAUUCUGAUUGCCUUAUAAACUUCAAAGAAUUCUCCUCUGCAAUUGAUAUAAUGUACAAUGGAAGUUUUACUGAGAAGCUUAAGCUGCUUUUUAAGAUGCAUAUUCCUCCAGCUUAUACUGAAGUGAUGUCUAAGACUUCUAACAAGGCCGAUGAGCUUUCCGAAGAAGAAUUGCUUUAUUUCAGUCAGCUCCAGGUUUCCAAGCAUGCAGAUGAGAAGGAAGCAGAAUCAGGAAAAAAUACCCCUGAAAAAGGCAAAGGAAAAAUUGAUAUUCAAGCCUAUUUAAGUCAAUGGCAAGAUGAGCUUCUUAAAAAAGAAGAAAACAUUAAAGAUUUACCAAGAAUGAAUCAGUCACAAUUUAUUCAGUUUUCAAAGACCCUGUAUAAUUUAUUUCAUGAAGACCCGGAAGAAGAGUCACUCUAUCAAGCCAUUGCUAUUGUUACCAACCUUUUGCUCAGGAUGGAAGAAGUUGGAAGGAAACUCCAUAGCCCUAAAUCAGCAGCUAGAAGAUUCUCCGGGACAGCCUGUGAUUCUGGAAGCCGUGAGGGGAAUGCAGAGAGAAGUGUGGAGAAAACUCCUUCCUCUCCCAGGGAAGAACAUCAGUGGUCUUUUGCAUUUGAACAGAUUCUUGCUUCCCUGUUAAAUGAGCCAGCUUUGGUGAGGUUUUUUGAGAGACCCUUAGACUUAAAAGCAAAGCUGGAGCAUGCGAAAUGCUCCCAGUUAAGGUCUAGAACCAAGGUGUAAAUCUCUGCCACUGUUAGGUUUACCAAGAUUCCUGUACUAUCCGCUUGAUUCCUGGGACUACUCAGGGAUGUAUUGCAUUGCCUAUGUGCUUGAAGGCAAAAAGAAAGGUACUCAGAAGCACAAUGAUUCAUUCCUUUGUAUCAAUUGCAGUUAAAAAAAAAAUUCUGUCACUCUAUGUGUCCCAAGAUAUCCAGCAUCAGGGUCACAUGCUCAGUGGGGCCACCAGAGGGCACUAUCGUAUCACUUUAGGGAGGCAGUUACAAGUUUGUGCUGCUGUUUCCACGGGAUUCGCGGCUUUUCCGAAGGCAAUGUGUUUAUUACUAAUGCUGUUAUGGCAUAUUGGUGAGCUUUGCUUUUCAAAUUGCCCCAAGCCUGUCAAAACUGGGCUUUAGAACUGUAGCCUUAAUUAGCUAGGAAAUUGCCCAUUUAGGGCUUUGCUUUCUAUGUUAUGUUACUGGAACUUUAUUAACUUUUAAAACUUAAUUUUGUUCAACACAGAAAUCUAUGAUCUUACAAAGCAACUUCUGCACUCUCUGUUCUUGAGGGUUCACAAGUUGCUGGUUGACACUACUAACUCUGCUACUGCUAAACACAAAUCAAGAAGUCUAAAUUCUGGACUGAUAUAAGUAAAAACAUCGCUGGCUUUAGGUUUACAUAGAAGAAAGCCAGUGUUUUGAGAAAGGUUAAGAAACAGUUCAGUUGACUGUAGAGCUCUUUCAUUUACACGGAGACAUAACUAAAACUUCUUUAGUGUACUGUCGUGUGUGGCGUCUUCUCCCAAUGGCUCGUGAUGGCUCGUGUUCUCCAGCUUUAUAUUUGACACUUUCGUCGGCUGGGUUUUAAUUUAGAGGAGGUAGGGCGGCACAGUCACACUAGCGCUCCAUCGGUUUCACAAGCACGUGAAAUACACGUCACAUACACUCACUAAGGCACUCUGUAGACUUGCCAGCGUCCACCUGAAAAGGUUCGACUCUCUGACCUAGAUGAGUAAUUUUUUAGCUACUUUAGGCUUCUUCUAGGUCAGACAUUACAUGACAGUCCAUUUAAAUAUCAAUGGACUUUGAUAGCACUUUAAAAAAUAACAGUCAAGCCGGGCGGUGGUGGCGCACGCCUUUAAUCCCAGCACUCGGGAGGCAGAGGCAGGCGGAUCUCUGUGAGUUCGAGGCCAGCCUGGUCUACAAGAGCUAGUUCCAGGACAGGCUCCAAAAAAGCUUCAGAGAAACCCUGUCUCGAAAAACCAAAAAAAAAAAUAAAAUAAAAAAAUAACAGUCAAACCACAUGGACCUGUCCUGUCUUCUGCCGUCUCUGACAAGAGUGAUUUAUUAAGUAGUUGACUUAGGAAAUGGGGCAGGAAUCAGCCUGAGGAGUUUCUGCUUUCACGCUAGGCUUUGAUUUCAAGCCCUCUUACUUGACUAGAAACGAGGGAGAGGAAGAGGGAGAGGGAGCAGACCUCCUUCAUGGUGACCAAAGAAGUCUCCCUUUCUGGUAAGGAAUUGGUGUGGUCAGGCUUUAGCAAGAAUAGACUGUGAAUAAAACAGAGGGCUAUGCCACGUAGCAUAUAUUCUUUUCAACGAAGCAAAAACACUUUUCAAGUUGAGUCUUUGAGAAUCUGUAAGUUGGAAUUCACCAAAUACUGGUAGCAUCUUUAAGAUUUGAUUAUACUGUCUUUUCAAGGAAAUUGCCACUUAAAAGAGAUAAUUUAGAACUAAGCCUUUCUGCUUUGACUCAGAAUUGAUGUGCUAAAAUAUGUCCUGAUUUUCAAUCUUAGUUAAUAGUUUAUAUGCAAACUGUCACAUCUGCUGUUAUGUAAUGAUUGUUAAAUUAUACGACAAUAGCUCUAGAAAAGCAUAUGGUCUGUGCUUAUAUACAAAAGCACUGUUAUACACACUUUGUUGAAUAUUUUGUCAGUUGUAUUUACAACAAAUCCUUUCUUAAAAAUAUGCUGUUAAUUUUGAUAUUAUUUUAAAGUCAGAAUAGUGAAGAUUACUGAAUAUUGUAUUUUAGGCUAGACUAAUUGAAAAUAAAUACUUAAAGAGAUUUUUAGAGUGUCAAGAAGAUUAUAAAUGAAGGUUAUCAAGCCAAUAAUGUAUUUUCUGGUUCUGAAGGGAAGAUAAGCGAAACACAUUAUAGUUUUAUAGUUGCCGCCUUGUUAAGCAAAUGAGUUGUUCCUAAUAUUCAGAAUAUUUUAUUGUGUCAAACUGGACCAGUGCAUUGUGACUUUUACAUUAAAUGUUAUAAAGUGACUUUGUCUUUAUAAAACUAAGUAUUAAAAUCUAUUAUAUUCAAUAUAAAAA